AUGCCUAUUAACAUCAUUGACGCUUUGGAGAGUGACAAACAAGUAGACGAAUUCAUUGUAAGGAGAGAGGAGUCAUCGCAAGGGAUCAUUUCGCAUUAUAAAGGGGAUAACAUUGAGAAAGAGAUUUUGAAGCUCCCGACAAGUGAUCAUGAAGGGGUGCUGAAAAAAGUGAGACUGAGGGAAAUGAGGAAAUUAAAGAAAUAUAGGGAUAUUUUUGAAGUCAAAUUAAAAGACAUGAACGCGUGCAUGAGAUUUUGUGAGAAAAAGAAGGAGCCGUGGGGGAAUGUGUUUGAGAGAAGCAGCAAGGCUGGAUUAUUCAGAGACUCUGAGAGAAAAGUGGUUAGUUUGAAGAGUGGGGAAAAAGAAAAUAAACCGAGUAGAGUAGAGAAAAUAGAAGAUCCUCUUGGAUUUUUGGGGUGUUAUAGCCAAAAUAAUUAA